CAGGACAGCGACUCGAGAGCGGGUCAGGUAUACAGGAAAGCUCUCAGCUCUUCAGGAAAUGCCGAGUUUUUAGCCAGAUUACGCUGGGGGAAACGGAAUAGAUUUCGUGAAACAAGGAGCUUUGAGUUUAUUACGUGACAACCAGUUGGAUAAUGACGAUGUGUGUGCCGCUGUGGUAGACGGUGUAACCGACGGGACUAGCUGAUACUGACUCAGAUAGGCGUAAAUAGAAGAAUCUGUGAAGAUGUUGAGGUGGUUUAAGAAGCGGUACCAGAGACCUGUGCCUGGGAAGAACGCCCCCAGCUGCAAGAAAGACGAGUACGGAUUUGACGGAGAAAACUCGUCCGCAUUUAUUCGGAAAGUAGAGCACAUCUACGAGGAAAUACCGGAUAUUCCGUCCCCACGGGAAGCGGAAUGUGUCUCUAAACUAAGCGUUAAGAACCGCGACAGAGUCAGGGUUAGGGCAAGAGUGGGCCCCGAACUUCCACCCCGCAACUCAAACCGCUUGGCCAAGCAUCGGGCCUCCUAUGCCCAGUGGAGAUUUCAAGCUCUGUCCAGGAAGACUUUGUCGUUGCCCGAACUGGUGGAAGCUACGACAAAUAGUGCGGACCGUUCAGUUUUGUCCCAGUGUUGUGAUGACUUUUUUAGUGAUGCCCAAAUACACCAUACUGAGCAUGGAUCAGUGAGUCACGUUCCACACGUGACCAAACGGUGUCGUCUGCUUCCAGAAAACAAUGAUGGCGCGUUGGAGAACUUGGUGGCCGAAUUCGACCGGAGUCUUAUCACGGGCUUCCAGGAUACCAAAUACAGCCCUCAGGAAAGUGACAGUGGUUAUGAUUAUUCAGGCUCGAGCUCUAACGGAAGUGACGUAAAUGAUUCCGGACUGUGUGGAAGUUAUGAGUUUCAUCUGUCCAAAGCGGAGCAACUUCGCCGAAUUGAACAGGAAAUACACAACCUGUCGAACCAAUCCCACUGCGAUAUUUCCUCAACUGUCAGAUCCAGGGAUAGGUUGCUUAAGAAGCGUCAGAAACUGUUCGCUCAGAAAUCCAGAGACCAUUCACUGGGCUCGCUGUCGUCGUCUGCCUCUGUCACAUCUGAUUUGGACUUGGACGACGAAACGUUAGCGUACGGAGAGAGAGCCGAUUUCAGCUCAUGUGAAGACUUCUCUUGUCGUAAGCCCUUGUCCAGCCAUCGUAAGCAGACUUUACAAAGACAGGUAGACCAGGAGAGAGAUUCUGUGAAAUUCAGGCAUCGCAGUCACGACAAGGCUUUGUGCAAGCAAAUUAUGACUGUAGAGAAGGGACGUGUUGCUACAGAAAACGUGAAAGAAAGAAAGACACCGUCAGAAACCACAACAAGACGUAGCAGUCGAGAUAUUAUGAAAUCAAAAAGUUCUGUAACAGGGGAGACAACUCCGCGUUAUCAACGCCCUUCUGGCAGCAACAGACUAUUGAGUGAUCUUAUAAUGAAAAACAACGACAACUUGUUCUUUGCUUGAAACUCCACUGGGCUAUGAUUAUAGUGCUAAGUUUGGCUUGUGUUUGUGUCCGCCACUCAAACCUGCUGUCAUUUCACAUUGUAAACAUGUCUAUGUUGUUUGUAUUUUAUUUGUGCUAUGUUAUUUUAACCCCAAACGAGAAAUGAUGGGCUGCACUAGUAUGAACUGCUCAGCGUAUAGGCCUACCCCAUGCCGGAUAAUGUUAACGAGUGCAUGGUCACAGACAGUGAGGUUCAUCGUUUUUUCCGUAUAUCAUUUCAUUAUUUGGAAUCAGUAUAAAGUCUGUAUUUUUGAAACAAUGAAAUCUGUUUCUGCA